UUCUUUAGUUUUAUACCAUUAACACAAAAUAACUUUUAUACCAUUUACACAAUAUCUUUGUUAUUCCAUUACCACCAGAUCCCUUUUAUACAAGAUCUAUUAUAUACCAUUUACACCAGAUCUUUUAUAAGCUUUUACCAUUACAACCAGAUCGCUUUUAUAUCAUUGCCAACAGAUAUUAUUGUAUACAUAUACCAGAUCUCUUUUAUACUAUUGUCAACACAUGUCUUGUAUACCAUUACUACCAGGUCCCUUAUGUACCAUCAAUACCAGAUCUCUUUUAUACCAUUAACACCAGAUUUCGUUAAGACCAUUACCACAAUAACUCUUUUAUUCCAUUACUACCAGACCUCUUUAAUAUCAUUACCACCAGAUCUCUUAUAA